UUGCAGAAGGCUUACGACGAGCUGCUGUCGGUGCGCGAGGAGAUGGCGAGUUGUGUGGAGCGUGAGACUCAGUUAUCGGAGUUUACGCGGCGUCUGACAGAGCGUAAUGCAGGCCUGCAGACGGCACAUCUUGCGACACAGGCUCGAUUGGAGGCGAGCGAGCGAGCUGUGAGUGAGGCGAGCCGUGCUGCCAAGGAAGCCACUGACCUCCUUCACGCCUUCGAGCAGCGUGCUCGAAUGGAACGCACCCAGGCCACAAAUACCAUCACUAGUCUCGAGGCGAAAAUAUCGGAGUUGCGGCAGUCCGAGGAAGCACUGAGGGUGGAUUUAACUCGUGAGCAAGUGGAGAAUGCAUCACUUAAACGUAAACAACAUGCUUUGGAUCGCGAGUUGGCACGCUUAAUGGCCCAGCAGCGCAAACUCUCGUAUCAGGCAUCGACGAAUGGAACACCGUGUCAGGAUAUCACCCCGAAUAGAUCACUCGCCGACUCAAACCUCAGCAUCUCCGCCCUCAAUGAUGUUAAUUCAUUGACCCCACAAUCUUCGAAGCUUUCAUCUCCGCUCCCAGCGCUUGGAGACGCACUACUCGUUGCAUCCAGAAAUGAGGAAGUGGCUGCAAACUCUGUGGCCUCGGCAGCGAGAGAAGCGGCUACAGAUAAUAUCGGGGCAUCUGACCUCGAGGUGCAAACUCUCGAGCCCAAUCGUUUGCUCUUGUUGAACAAGAUCGACCGCCUCCAGCGCACUAAUGUGCGUCUUAUGGAGAAGAUUGACUUCAUGCAUGAGCACAUUGGUCAAUUGACACAGGAGCUGCAGAAAAAGUCGCAGAUUUUACAAGACUCCACACGUUUAAAUUCUUAG